AUGGAGUCACCGCCGCACAAGCUCAAUGUCGGCCGGGAUGAGGACAGAAUCAGCGCGCUCACCGACGACCUCCUCCUCGCAAUUCUCGAGCGGCUCGACCUGCGUGAGGCGGUCCGCGCCGGCGCGCUCUCCACGCGGUGGCGUGACCUCCCGUACCGGCUAUCGCGCCUGCACCUCGACGUCGGUCACUUCCAAGGCCAAGGCGCCACGCCGCUCGAGGUCAUGGACGCCUUCACGGGCGCGGCACAGAGGUUGCUCUCUGUGGUGGUUCCUCUGGCCGAGGGCGAGGGCGGCAGUGCUGCCAUCAUUCCCAUCAAAGCCCUCAUCCUCGGCUUUUACAUGUCACCCCCUCACCUGAGCUCAAUAGGCCGCACCGUCGAGGACGUUGUGAGCUACGGCAAGACUGGAUGCCUUGAGUUCUCCAUAUCCCCGCCGCGAGGGAGCAACGCCAGCCUGCUUGCUGAAUUCGGGCAGCAGUUCAUGUCCUUCUCCCAGGCCUACCCGGUCGCCUUCUGGUGGCUCACGAGGCUUACACUCAAGAACCUUGUGUUUGGACAUUCCGACGUCACCGCACUUAUUAACGCUUGCAAUAAGCUCAAGCACCUCACCCUGAGUUCCUGCAGACUGGUUGAUCAGCGGUUGGCGCUCAGGAUUGAUACCCCAUGCUCGGGGCUUCGGAGGCUCGACUGCAUCCGUUUUCGUUGUGAACGGAUCGAACUCAUCUCCGUCCCCGAGCUCAGGACAGUACUGUGCUGUUCUCGGCGCUACGAGAACCCUCCAGUGCGCUUCGGCGACGUUCCCCAGCUUUGCCAUGUGAACCUCGGUUAUCUUGCCAAGGCGUCGCAAGCGCCACUCAUGUUGAGUGAGUGCCUUUCAAGGAGUUCCAGGAAUCUGUCGAAACUGAAUCUCAAUUUCUUCAGCCAAACGGUAAAGUUAAUUUCUGUGCAUUUACACAUCACCCCCUGUUCUAUUUUACCAAUUUCAGCUGUGUAUUUUGUGUUCUUCAUGUUGCAGAUUUGGAUUCAGCCGGAGCAGCCGAAGCGGCUCACUGCUAUAUUCAGAAACCUGACCGACGUGUAUCUUUUUGGUAUCUUCCCUGAGUGUGAUCUGAGCUGGACCCUGUUUAUCCUAGAAGCUGCACCUGCCCUACGGAAUUUCAAGUUAUCUCGAACUCGACAUACAUGUGGCAAAAAGCUUUACGACACUGCCGAAAAGACGAAUGUGGUGUGGGAGCCAUCGAAGGAUCUGAAGCAUCUGAACUUGAAGUUGCUGAUGAUGUUAGGGUUCGAGGAGGAGGUCAAGGUGACAAACUAUAUAAGGCUAGUCAUGGCACAUGUUGUGAGGUUGAAGAGAAUCGAGCUUCAUGGUGAGGACCCAUGCAAGGAGUGCAAUGCCAUUGAUCCGAGGAGAUCCCAGGUGGAUGAAGCUAGCAGGCGUCAGAUUAAGGAGCGACUCACACUUGAAUCUUCCUCGUCUGCGAAGAUAAUAAUUUGUUGA